AUGAAAUGCUAGGAAAAAUUCAAAAACACAACAUUACCCUUUAUGAUUGAAUCAGUUCAAUAAUUACUUCAAUAAAAACCAUAAAUACAGUUGUUAUUGCAAAAUCAAUCACUUGCCUUAUCCAGAAAAACCGUAUUUUCACUCCUAAGUCUUAUGUAUUUUGAAUUAACCAUAUAACAAUCUGUAUAGAACUUCAAAUUUCCUUAGUAUUUCAGUUUUUCUACCUAUUAUUUAUAAGGAAGUUAACUAGAAAAGCUGAAAUGUCUCAUCAAUUACUUUAAUUAAUGUGUUGACUCCCCAGAGUAUUUCAACUUACCAGAAAUAGUUUAUCAAAGAAAUUCAUUGGUCGAUGUUCCUAAUUGGAUAAAUAGUCAACUCCCACUCUCAGAUUUCAAAUUUGAAAAAAAAAAGAAUGAAGAUCAUUUGAAUUGUGGAAUUGUUGACUUUAGUGAUCGCUAUUUUGGUGGUAAGGUAGCAGCUGGAAGAGGAUGUGUUUAAGAAGAAGUUUUAUUGUUAAUAAAUCCGGAAGCCAUUAUUGCCUCUUUAUUCACUUCAUAACUAGGAGAUAAAGAAAGUUUAAUAAUUUCAGGAAUACUUCAAUUUAAUUAAUACAGAGGCUAUGAGGAUAGUUUUGUUUGCAUCCCUGCAAAAUAUCAAAACAAAGGGCAAACUUUAAUUGCUAUUGAUGCUAUAUAUUUCGCUACGAAACCUUAAGGUUAUUAAUUCACUUAGGAAGCCAUAUUUAGAGAGUUGAAUAAAUCUUUCAGUGGAUUCUAAGGCAGUUAAUAGUAAAUUAUUUCGACUGGUAAAUGGGGAUGUGGUAUUUAUGGAGGAGACAAACAAUUAAAAACUUUAAUUUAAUGGAUCUCAUUUAGUUAGGCUUGUCCAAAUGGCACCAUAAUAUUUAAUGGAUUAGAUGAUAAAGCUUAUAAUGAUUAAGGAAAGCGAUUAGAAUUGUGCAAAAAGAGGUAUCAAACAGUUGGGAAUUUAUUGAAAGCCAUAUUGAAUUCAAGUUAAAAAAAUAUUCUAGAUAAAAUUUGUUGA